AGCAGCAGCAGCACCGGUGGCGCCCCUGCCGUGGCUGCAAUGCCCGCCGCUGCCGCCGCUGGCACGACAGCAGCGGGUGCGGCGCCUGCGGGUGCGACAGGUGCUGCCAGCGGUUCCCAGUUGGAGCUGGCGGUGGCCCGGCUGCUGGUGGAGGACGCACGCAUGCCGCUGGGCGCCAAGACAACCUGCUUCGCGUACGAGGCGGAUGUCCGGACGGAGGAGGAGAAGCUUCGUACCGCGCCCCUAGCCGCCCCCAGCGCCUCCUCCUCCCGCAGCAGUCGCCGCAGCGCCGGGGGCGCCAGCUCCUCUAAGAAGCGGCGUGACCCCAUGCUGACUGUCCCGCUGUACGGCGGUCAUACGGCAGCGCAGCUUGCGUUACGGUACGGCAGGCCGCUGCUGCUGGCGUACCUGCUGCACCGCGGGGCGCCGAUCGACCUGUCGUCGGCGACGUCGCGGCACUGCCUUGAGAAGGCGCUCGAGGCUGGCCACUCCGCUGCUGCUCGGAUCCUUCUAUCGUACGUUCAGCAAGGGAAACCCUCAUCGUCAUCAUCGGGGCCGGCUCCUUCCUCGAAUGGACCCUCCUCAUCCGGCGGCUCCGCUGUGGCCACAACAACGGAGGGCAAGAGGGGCACCGUCCGCAGCACUGCUAAGCGGGCUAGCGGCAAGGGCACUCCCAGGGGCCGAAGCACGUCUCCGCCCGCAGGCAAGGCUUCGUUCCCUGCUGCAGCCGCCUCUGCAGCGGCGGCGCCGGUGACAACGGCAUCGGCAGCAACGCCUCGAACUUCCGUACAUCCAGCAAUGGGGGAUACCGUACAACCCAAGAGCGGCACCGGCAUGCAAGUCGUUACCACGCAGGAGCCUGCGGCGGAGGCAGUAGAGGCUGCUGUAGCAUCCGCAAGUAGCGCUCCCGCCGGCGGCGAGGAAGCUGAGGUUGUGACGGAGGCGACGACGGUGGCGCCGGAGGUACCCGACGCUUUGAUGCUCGAGCGGAGGAAGGCUCGUCGUACCGUUGCCACGCUUCCGAUGCUGCCGCUACCGAUCGCUGCUGCCGCUACCAAGAGCAACGGCGACGUCGCCGCCACCGCCGCCGCCGACGGCGUUGGUGUCACGGCAACCACCAGCGGAGGCUUGCCGUCGUCGUCACGUGAUGGCUCUGCCCAGUCGUCCUCCUCCACACCAAUGCCGUCAGCGGUGGAGCAGCCGGCAUUGACAUGCCGAUCCGCUUUGCCGUUUGCGACGGCGGUGACUACGGUGGCGGCGGACGGACUGGCCACAGUGACGGUGGUUCCGCCCGCUCCUGUGUCACAGCCUGUAGCCCUGCCGUUGAAGUGCCCUGAGAAGACCCUGGCGAUGUCGGAAGAAGCGCGGCAGGCCUUGGCUGCGGCACCGUCGGGCCCCGGGCACAUGAGCGCCGCCGAACCCCUGCAAACGGAGGCUGGCUUGCCCUCGUCCUCUCAUGCAGUAGCCAGCAGUGAGGGGACAGGAGGAAGCCAGCCAGCAGGCACGGAGGCCGCAAGCGGUGAAGGGUGCUCGCCGGCUGUUGUGGCACAGUCCGCGGAGGGGGUUGAGGAGGCGGCAGGUGGCAAGACCAGCCGCAGCACGCGCCGGAGAGCGGCACGACGUGAGGCGAGGAAGGCCACAGGGGUCGCCCCAGCCGGAUCAGGUGUCGCUCAGGUGGAGGUGGGGGCUCCUGCUAUGUCCGGGGGGGCCGCGGGUGCUUUGCCCCCCGACGCUGCUGACGCGGUGGUGGCUUCCACGGCCGUGUCAGCGCCCAAGGCAGCUGCAGCCCCAGAGCCGGCGCCAGGUAACCCUGUACCCUUGCCCCCGGCUGCGACUGGUGGCUCCUCCAUGCAGCUAGCCGCACCCCUGGUCAAGACGGCACCAGCCGCACCGGCAGCCCUUUCGAGUGCUGCUGCUGCUCCUGCUCGACCAGUUGCCGAUGUAGCGCCAGAUAGCAGCAGCAACAGCGACUCCGUCUCUACUGCAGCAGCAGCGCCAUCUCAGCUACAGCAGCAGGCACCGGCUUCCAACGCUCCUCCCACCACCGCGCCCGCAGGUACUGGUGAGGUGGAUCCGAGUAGCUUGACAGCAGUUGCCCUGUCGUCAAUCGUAGAGGCGAGCGCGGAGGACCCUGGCCUUGCGGCGGACGACGACGGGGGCGAGUGGCGGGUGGUGACAGGCCACAGGCACAGGCGGGCCGCUGGUCAAACAGCGGACGUCAGCUUAACUUGCAGCAACAGCGUGCCUAGCUGUGUUGCGUUUGUCCAGCAGCAGCAGCAGCAGCCAGCGGCUGCCGCGGCGGCGCAUGCUGCUGGCAUGAAGCCGCCGCCACGUCAGCUGCCAAGCGGCUGCAGUGGUGGCAGCCGCCACUCCUCCCCGCCUAGGUUUGCUACCGCUGGCAGCACCACGAGCACCACGAGCGAUAGCGCGCCCACCGGAUCCUCCCCAGAAGCCCCCUCACUCGCUGUCGCCGUUACUGCCGUACACCAGUCGGCGGCGUCCGCUACGCUGCCGUUGGCCAUCACGCCUCGUACGACACCAAUCGUGACCAGCGGAUUCACGACACCUGCCGUACUCGGGAGCUCGCCACUGCCUGCGGGUCAGCGCUCCGCCACGCGACGAGCGAGCAGCGGCAGUGGCGGCGUGGUCGGCACCGGCAGCGGCGCCGCCGCUGCUUGCAGCGCCGGCAGCGCCGACAGCUGUGGGUACAUUGAGGUUCCUAGGAGCCUGUUGUACGGUAAGCGUGGACCCACGGGUCAGUCCCCCACCGCUUCAGCGGCAGCAACUCCAAACACGCUGGCAACAACGCCCAGGGGACCUUCCCUGGUUUCCCUGCCUCCGGUACCUACGCUGUCAGCCGCGGCGAGCACGGGGACCUCCUCCUCCGCAGCAGCAGCAGCAGCACCACCACCAUCUGGAACCCCAGUCCAAGCCCAUCCUAUUGCCCGACAUCCUGUGGCCCCGGCAUCCGCGCCGACACCGCCUGCUGCUACUGCCGCGCCAACGCCCGUUACUGCGCCUAGCGUGAUGCAUUCACACAGUUCCUUCGCAGCAGCCGUCAAGGGCGAGGCGGCGGGAAGCCAUCCUCCUCCCUCUCAGCCACAGCCGCAACCUCCCUCAGUCGCCGCCGGCGGCGCGUUAGGUCCUCCAACUGUACGGCAGUUGCCUCCCAGCGGGGCCGCCACUCAGGCACCUCGGGCUGCAAAGCUUCCUGUCGCACCGCUACCCGCCGGACCUGUGGAACCGCCGCCGAUGCCGCAACGGGCAACUCCGGGGGCGACUCCUGCCGUAUCGUCCUCAUCCGCUUCACUUGUAUCAUCGGCCAGUGCAGCCGCGCCUGUAGCGGUGGGGGUAGACGCUCAAGGCCGCAUCGGCAAGGCGCCGGCGCCAGUUGGCAAAGCAGCAGCAGCAGCAGCUCCGGCCGUUGCAGCCAGCAAUGUCGCAGCCGGCACGGUAGCAACGACACGUGUGGGUACGGGAAGCGGGAGCGCGGUGGGCGGGUCAUCUGGGGUGGGAGUUGCUGGCGGCAUGGGUCGUGGGGGCGGCAACGGCGGUACCUUGGCGGCGGCUGUGGGUGCCACCCCAGCGGGCGCUGCUGCUGCUGCUGCUCCAGGCGCUGCUGCCGCUCAGCCGCCUGCGACCGCCUCCAAGCUGAACCCACAGGCGCACGAGUUUGUGCCCACCAGAGCAUGCCCGCCGGCCGCAGCCCAGGGCGCCCGCACCACCACCCCAUCAUCAACCUCCGCCGCCACUGCUGCCGCUUCAGCCGGAUCCACCGCUGCCGUACACCUCACCGUCCCCAGUGUGCAUGUAGCUCCGGGUGCUGGUGCGGGUGCGGCUCAUGCUUCCGGACCUGUCGCCGCCGCUCAUGACGGUACCGGUAACGCCGGGGCCACUCGACCGCUGCAUGGCGCUGCAGCGGCUCCUCAGGCCCCCUCUGGUUACGCCCAAGCUGUCGGCGGCAGCAGGGCGCCGUCGGGUCGAGGAGUUGCCGCCUCCUCCUCCACAGCAGUGCCGCCGACCACUGGCGCAACAGCCGCCUCAACGCCGUCACGGUCCUCCGUACCACCACCGGGCGCUGGAGCAGCCGCAGCGGCCACUAGCAGCGGCCUGCUGUCGCCCUUCCAGACGCCGGGCAGCUACUCCUCCGCCGUACAUCGGUCGCCGGCCGUACAUGCCGUACAAGGUACUGCACGAGGCGGCGGGGCGACGGGAGCACCGGGGGGUUUGUCGCAUGGCUCGCCGCUGCCCUCGCACCUGCAGCACCAUGCCUCCCAACAGCAGCAGCAGCAACAACAACAACAACAGCCCCCGGCUUCGCCGGUGGCUCAGGUCAUGUCUUGGCAGGCCGUACAGCCUAUCCAGGUUCUGUCCUCACCCAUCCGUCGGCUACCAGAUCUGCCGGACCUCUACCGUGCCAUGGUUUCGCCGUACUGUUCGUACAUGCAGCACUCGCCGCGCGUGACGUCGACGGCCGGCGCCGCUGCUGCUGCGGCGGCGGCAGCUGCCAGUGCCGCCGUGUCGGCGUCGGCCGCCGCUGUAGCUGCGGCGACAGCAGCUGCUGUGGCGGAGGCGCAGGCCGCAUCCGCAGCCGCCAAGCAUCAACAUCAGCAGCAACAACAGCAACACAGGCAGUCGAAUGGGGGUUCCAGUUCCGUCACGCACGCACCCAGCGCUUCCUCUAGCGGCUCUUCACCGGAACGUCAGCGCUGCGACUCCUCGACUUCCGCCUCCGCAGCGCCUCCGCCGUACAACCCGCUCGCGGCGCCGCUGCCGCACCUCUCCAUGCUUCCGCAUGGGCUGUUUUGCGGGGAGCAGCUCAUAAGGCCCACUUGCACCCGGCUGUGGGGCCUGGAUCCACUGCAGCAACUUCGAGCCACGCAGACCUCACUAGAAGCCACCAUUGCUGCGGCGUUUGGCGUACCUGGGUACCUGACGGCGACGCAUCCCCUGCCAGACGCCGUUGCCGGCGCUGCUAUUGGCGGCGUCAACACUGGAGAUGGUUCCAUGGGUGCGGCAGGCUGUGAUGGGGGUAUGAGCGGUCAUGCGGCUGGCGGGAUGGAGGGAGUGGUGGAAGGCGGCAUGGCUGGUGGCAUGGGCGGUGGUCGCAUGCGGAUGCGAAGCAGCAGCAGCGGCGGGGGUGGCGGCGGUAGGAUGAGCAGUAGCGGCGGCGGAGCGAUGAGCUCGGGUGUGGUGCGGGCUCUGCACAGCAUCUUUGCGGAGGAGGACCUGGAGGAGGCCCAGCAACAGCAGCAGCAGCCACCGCUGCAGCGGCAGCUGUUGCAGCACCACCAGCAGCAGCAGCAGCAGCGGGAGGGUGAGAGGGAGCGGCAGCAGCAACAGCAACAACAGCAGCAGCAGGAGCUCCUAAGAGCCUCACUUGCAGCCGCACCUGCAGGACCUCAGACAUCAGCCGGGCAUCAAGCCAUGUCAGCAGCCGCACCGCCGCCGCCGCAGCAGCCUCAAGCUCCCACGUCCGCGGUGCCGCCUGCACCCAUGUCGGGCCCGGUGCCUGUGCCGUCAUCGUCAGCAGCGGUGGCAGCAGGCGGCAGGGGGCCCCGCUCACGCGCCCCCAGUCCUUCCCUGUUGGACCAGCCGCCGCUGCCUCACCCGCGGAUGGUGGUGGGGUCUGCCGGCGGCUACCGGCAUCCGCAGCCUCAGCUCCACCACUACCAGCAGCAGCAGCAGCACCACCAGCAGCAGCAGCACUGGGAGCCGGGGUUACCCCCUCGAGGCGGCAUCGGACACCCGCCAGGGUUCCACCCGCUGUACGGCCAUGACUGGCGGGGUGCCGUCAUCCGGCUCUUCACGGGUGCCUGCACCCCUAGCGUCCCCGCAGCAGCGCAGCCCGCCGUGGCAGCUGCCGCACUCUGGUGGACCGCUGUACGACAAGCCCCGGAACCCCAACCGCACAACGACGACGGAUCGUCAACGGUUUCCAACGGUAACGGGAACGGCUCUGGCGGCGGGCGACACCCAAGGCUGCAGGGCCCGUCGGCCGGCGGCUGGCACGGCAAGGGCGGCCGCAGCAGCGGAGGUGGAGGGUCCGGCGGAGGCGGUAUCGGUGGGGGUGUGGGCCAUGUCGUGACGCAGUACGGCGGCAAUAACGGCAGCCACAUGCACGGCGGUCCGGGGCAGGCUGCGGGUCAGGGCCAGGGUCUGGUUGUGAUGACUCAGCGAGUGCAGGUGGUGGGCCCUAUGGAUGCGGACUCCAUGAUUGCGGCAUGUCUGCAGGGUCGUCUGGCUCCUCACACGGAGGUGUGCGGCACGCUGGCGGGCCUGGUGGGUCCCCCGCCCCUGGAGCUGUUCGAGCCGCUGGGGGCGCUGCUGGCGCGGGUGCAGGGCGGCGUGGGCUGCUACCUGCUGGUGGAGGGCUGGUAGGAAGUAGGUUUGGGUUGCGGCUACCGGUACCAUCGUUACGCGUUUGCAGAGUGUUCGGUGGUAGACGGCUGGGUACGAGGGCUGUGGUAGGGGGCUGAGAAGGAGGAGGGCUGAGCAGGUGUUUAGGAUAACGAAUGGAAGAGGAAAUGGAAAUGACAGGACAGGACGACUGUGGGAGGGAUGGGAGGAGUCGAGAGGGUUGUGGUAAGUGGGCUUGUGCGUUAAGGCAGUCGCUGCGGCCGAAGGGUUGCUGGUGGUGUUAGCUGGGGAUUGACGUAGGCAUUUGCAGCAGGCAGCAUGAGGUAGAGGUUGCAGCAGAGCAGAGCUGUAGCGAGUGUUGCGCCCGGCAGCAAGGAUUGUUCGUUGCGGUCGCGGAUACAGGAGACUCAGUGACACUGGAUUAGGCCUUGCUGGCCCCAGGAGCUGCCGCCAAGAGUUGCAGGAGGGGUCGUUUCAGGGCAAGUAGGCUGCGUACGGCACAUUAUACGACUACGAGCGCUCUUUAGAUUCCAGCUGCGUACGACAAGUUGGCAUGGCGCGUGCGGAGGUUGCCGUACAUGUGGCGUGCGUCGGCGGUUAGUUGGUCUUAGUCCGCAGGUGACACGGGGUGUGAUAAGCAGGGCGAAGGCGCGCGUGGUGUAUGGUUGCUUGCGCCUCGGACUGUCGAGGGCAGGGCAGGGGAGCAGGUGAAACGGUAACGGCAUGACGGUACAAUGACAGAAUGGGGACAGGAAGGGGCUUUUAGGCGCUUAGGAUUUGUAGUGGUGAGCGUCGGGCGGGUGGGCUUCAAGGUGAAGGAGCGGCUUCAUCGACGGUAUGGGUAGGAACGGAUCGGGGUUUCCAGACUCCAGGUUUCAUUCCGGUUUGUGGAAUGUGGGACCCUAACAGAUUGCAUGGGGACGUGUUCAUCGUUGGUAUGCGGAUACUGCAGAUGAUAGGUCCGGGUUGACUCCAUGGGGUGAGAGGGUGCUGCUCUGCACAACUCUGCAUAACGUUUAGGGACGGUGUUGGCGAAGCGAGUGGGCAGACGGAUGCCCUUCCAAGUUGCCAAAUGCCAGUCAGCAGCAUUGCAGUUGCAUUGCUUUAGGCUCUAGGCAAGGAGGAGGUCAGGGGCGUGUCUCGGACGCCGAUGUUGGCUGACGCUUUGUAUUCCUUUGGAGCGGUGCCAGUGACCGGGUGCCUGGACUACACAACACAACAUGCAUGAUGUUCGCCAGUUCUCAAGACCCAUGGGUCGCUUACGGGUAUCCAUGCAACUGGAAUGUUGCCGUCCAGUUGCGUGCUGGUUGCUGGCACACACGCUCCAUAUGUAACACUAGUACACGG